GGUAAAGCGGAUAUGCUUCUGUAAGUUCUACUGUAAAACUCACCGUUAAAAGAUUUGUUUUUUCCUCGUCCCUCCCCCGGUCAAACAGUCUUUUUUGGUUGCGGGUCAAUCCUCGCAUGUGGUUGCGGUCCGAUCGCGCUGUUGUCACUUUGUCAUCUAUCUUUAUUUUAAUUUAUAUUCCUGUUUCCAUGAUUCUGCCAAUGCGUUCUCGGUUCCGCUCUCGUCUCUCUUUCAAGUAACCGAACGCAGGGAGAGCGGAGAAGGACGAAGAAGAGAACAGGGGAGUUGGAUUCUUGGUUAAUAUGAUGCGAGCCUCGGCGUUGACGAAUCCCUCACCUUUCAUGGAAGCCGCAUGCUCUUCUGCUGCCGCUGCUUUUGUACCGCUCCGUCCUCUCUACCUCAAGGAAUUGAACCUCGUGCCAACCCGAAUUCCGCAGAGGGGUUCCUCUUGUCGGUCGAUUUCUAAACCCAGGAGGACAAUCGUGGUUAAAUCAGUUGCCACACCGAAUCGAUCAGUAGAGUUUCCCCUGACUGCUGAAAAUGUUGAGUUAGUAUUGGAUGAAGUACGACCAUAUCUUAUUUCUGAUGGAGGGAAUGUAGCACUUCAUGAGAUAGAUGGAAAUGUCGUAAGGCUAAAAUUACAAGGUGCAUGUGGGUCUUGUCCUAGUUCUGUAACGACAAUGAAGAUGGGAAUUGAGCGCCGGUUAAAGGAAAAGAUUCCAGAAAUUGUUGCAGUUGAACCAGUAGCUGAUGAGGAGACUGGGCUUCCACUUAAUGAAGAAAACAUUGAGCAGGUGCUUGAUGAGAUAAGGCCAUUCCUUGCUGGAACUGGUGGGGGUGAACUUGAGCUUAUUGAAAUUUACAAUCCUAUCGUCAAGAUUAGACUAACCGGCCAAGCUGCCGGCGUCAUGACUGUUCGAGUUGCAGUAACUCAGAAGCUGCGAGAAAAGAUACCUGCCAUUGCGGCUGUUCAGCUUUUAUCAUAGGUCAAAAGGAGCGCUCUAAUUUAUUUCGAUACUUGAUGUAAUAAACAUUGAAUUGCACAUAGAUAUUUUCUUGAAGAAAUUAAAUUGUAUUCAUCAUUUAUGAA